UGGGCAAUAGGAGCGCUGCAUAGCCAACAGGCGACGGCGGAACCGCUAGUUGUACCGCAACUCUGUUCAGGCACUGAACACCAGGUCUUUUCAAGGCAAGUCGUUUGGGGGCUGGACCGCUGGAGUGCAGGUUGCUGCUGCUGCUGCUGCUGCUUUGGUAGCGCUAGCGCCUCCUGUCUACUAGUUCUCUUGAUCUCUCCGGCGUUGCGCUCGUCGUCAUGGCGUCGCUGAGGGGGGCGAAGCGGAGGAAGCGCAAGCCCGAGAGGGCCUUGCCGGCGCAGGAGCGGCCGCUGCCGCAGCCCCUCGACGGCGACUGGUGGGACGCCUUCUCCCGCAGGCUUGCAGCAGUUCGAUGCUUUACAGGACAACCUUCCAAAGAACGCCAAAACUUCGAGACUGCCUUAAAGAUGUCAAGGAAGACUUUUGACUACCUUUGUUGUCUGAUUAAAGGGGACUGCACGAGAAAGACACAAAGUUACAGAAAUUUCAGGUUUGGGGACAAGGUGGUUCUAGGUGUGGAGGAUCAAGUUGCCAUUGCUCUGCUAAGACUGACCACUGGUGAGUCACUUCUGGGCAUAGGAACACGCUUUGGGAUGAACCACUCAGCCAUCUCAAACAUCACUUGGAGGUUCAUUGAGUGUUUGGAGGAACGUGCUGCUAGUCAUCUGAAGUGGCCUGACCCUGAGGAGAUGGCAGCCAUCAAAGCGAAAUUUGAGAAGAUCCAGGGUCUCCCGAACUGCUGUGGCGCUAUAGACACAACACACGUCCUCAUGUGCUCUUCAGCUCAGCCCAACAGCAAUGUCUGGCUAGACGGUGAGAACAGGAACAGCAUGGUCCUGCAGGCCAUUGUCGACCCUGACAUGCGAUUCAGAGAUGUUGUCAGUGGCUGGCCUGGAAGCUUGGAUGACUCGUGCAUCCUGCGCACCUCAGGCUUCUACAGGCUCUGCCAGAAAGGCUCAAGGCUGUCUGGGCAAAUGGAGCUUCCUGGAGAAUCAGCAGGGUCGAUCGUCAGAGAAUACAUUGUUGGGGAUCCCAGCUACCCUCUCCUUCCGUGGUUGGUGACUCCAUACCAAGAGCAUGGUCUAUCUGCAGAGAAAGUGGAAUUCAACAAGUGUCACACCGCGACGAGAAUGGUGGUGCAAGGUGCCCUGGCCAAUCUGAAGGAUCGGUGGCGGGUGCUCAAGGGAGAGCUGUGGAGGCCGGACAAGCAUCGGCUGCCCAGGAUCAUCUACGCCUGCUGCUUGCUCACCAACAUCAUGAUCGACCUUGAAGAUGCCGUGAGGGAUGGGAUGCCGGCGUCCCACAGCCACGAUGACGGCUACAGGCAGCAGGUGAGCAAUUUGGCAGACGACGGCGCCGUCACUCAGAGAGACCUGCUCUGCCAGUUCGUCAGUCGGCUCGGCAGCCAAUUACCGGAAUGAUUACGACCAUUCAAUAUCUUCCUAUGCCUUUUCCCUUCCCCCUGACAUGAAUCGAAGGACAUCGACAGCUUAUACAAUUGUAAGGUGAAAUUUGUUUAUUUUUUAUAUGAUAAUUUUAGGCAUUAGUAGACUGAAAUAGUGAAAUUUGCAGACAAUAUAAGCUUGUGGAAUAUUGCUUUAAUAUCUCAGCGUAGACAUGUACCAACAACCCAGGUACUUCCGGCCUGAGGUUUCUGACAAUCUUGGAUAUUCUGGUUUCAUCAAAUUGUAACCGGCCGGCAAGAUGCUGGACAUCUUGUUUCCUUCUUUUAUACAGUAGCAACAUUGCAGUUGUGAAAGCAAACUCAUGUUACUGAAAGAAAUAUCUGCUGCAGA